CUACUAGCAAGCUCAGUGCGGCUUGAACCGUUUGCCGGCCUACAUCUCGUGCGUGUCAACAAAGUGUGACUGGUGUUCUUCUCUCUUCUCACAAUCUCACUAUUGUCAUCAUACGAAAGAAUAUAAUUCCUCCUAAAUAAAUAAAUAAUUAUUUACAAAAAAUCGAAAUAAACUUUGUCUCAUUCCGUCCGUGCGUCAUAUCAAGAUUUCACAUUUCAUCAUCAAAAAAAAAGACAGUAAGGACGAUGACUGAUAAUGCGGUAAUGUAGCUGAUGAUAAGAGCUAUUCAAGAAUCAACCCUUCUCCAGUAUUCAGCUUCUUUCAAUUAUUGGAAUUAGCUCUUUUAGAGGCGUCAACACUCGCCGCUCAUUAACGGACCAGGCGUCGCGACGUCAUCGACGUGAGGCGUGAAGGGGAGCGGAAAGGAGUGGCGCGAGGACGAUGGCAAUGACGAGAGGUCGAAGCGCCCUCCUGAACUUUGAAACAUUUGUAGUACUGACGGUGGUCAUUGCGUCGACUCUAGACUUGGUCGCGAGGGCUUCGCCCUCACCACAUCGAAGCAGACACCAUGCGGAUCUGUCACAUGAAGAACUGGGCCAACAUGAACAUCAACAACAACAACAAAAGAGCAAGAUGACUUUGGACAAUUUUGGAUCAAUCAAAGCUGAAUCAUUGACAUCAGGCUCUGAUGAUCCACUGGUUGUCCAAACUAAAAAAGGUCGGGUGAGAGGUAUCACUCAGACAGCUUCGACUGGUAAACAAGUUGACGCCUGGUAUGGUAUUCCAUACGCACAAAAGCCUCUCAAAUCGCUACGAUUCCGGCAUCCUCGGCCUCCAGAUCGGUGGGAUGGAAUUCUCAAUGCUACGACGCAGCCCAACAGCUGUGUCCAAAUCUAUGACACCGUCUUUGGGGACUUUGCUGGUGCCAUGGUAUGGAAUCCAAACACUCAACUUAGCGAGGACUGCCUGUAUAUCAACGUAGUCGUACCUCGACCCAGGCCGACAAACGCCGUCGUGAUGGUAUGGAUUUUCGGUGGUGGCUUCUACUCCGGCUCCGCCACACUUGACAUCUAUGAUCCGAAGACUCUUGUUUCCGAGGAGAAUGUGAUCCUGGUGUCCAUGCAGUACCGGGUGGCUAGUUUGGGCUUUUUAUAUUUUGGUACUCCAGACGUACCAGGUAAUGCUGGGCUUUUUGACCAGAUGAUGGCGCUUCAGUGGAUCAGGGAUAACAUCGCUGCAUUUGGUGGUAAUCCAGACAACGUAACGCUCUUUGGUGAGAGCGCCGGCGCAGUUUCUGUAUCAAUGCAUUUACUUUCACCACUUUCAAGACACCUCUUCAACCAGGCGAUUAUGCAGUCCGGUUCACCAACGGCUCCUUGGGCGAUGAUCUCGCGGGAGGAAUCAUUUGAAAGGGGAUUACGUUUAGCUGAAGCAGUAGGUUGUCCUCAUGACCGGAAAAAUCUUCAGGCUGUCAUUGAUUGUCUUGCCGCUGCUGAUCCUUUGGAUUUAGUCAACAAUGAAUGGGGUACUCUAGGUAUUUGUGACUUUCCUUUUGUCCCAGUCAUUGAUGGAUCCUUCCUUGAUGAAACUCCUCAGCAAUCAUUAGCAACAUCAUCCUUUAAAAAGGCCAACAUUCUCAUGGGAUCCAAUACUGAGGAAGGCUUCUAUUUCAUCAUUUACUAUCUAACUGAACUCUUUCGCAUCGAUGGCGCUGAAGAUGUCAAAGUCUCGCGGGAAGAAUUCAUUCGAGCUGUAUCGGAACUUAAUCCUUACGUUAAUCAAAUUGCUCGUCAUGCUAUUAUUUAUGAAUAUACUGAUUGGCUACAUCCAGAUGAUCCAAAUGGCAAUCGUAAUGCGAUUGAUAAAAUCGUUGGAGACUAUCAAUUUACCUGUAACGUCAAUGAAUUCGCCUCGAGAUACGCUGAGACUGGCAAUACUGUCUAUAUGUACUACUACAAGCACAGAUCUCUCAAUAGUCCUUGGCCAAAAUGGACUGGUGUCUUGCAUGGCGAUGAAAUCAAUUAUAUCUUUGGCGAACCACUUGACCCAGCAAAAGGAUACACCAAGGAGGAAGUUAUCCUCUCCAAGAGGAUAAUGAGAUACUGGGCCAAUUUUGCUAAAACUGGAGAUCCCAACAUGGGUGAUGACGGUUCAUGGGCUGAUGCAUUCUGGCCACAACAUACAGCAGCAAAUCAAGAAUAUCUCACAUUGGACACCAACGUAACUGAAAUUGGUCAGGGUAUAAGAACGCGUCAAUGUGCAUUUUGGAAAAAAUAUCUACCACAACUGAUAGCUGCCACUUCUAAAAUGGAAAUGGAAUCAUGUAGCACUAAUUCAGCACCAAGCAUCAAUGCCAACACUCUAACAUUCAGCCUGGCGUUGACGAGUCUCUUAAUAUUCUCAGGAAUGACCAUCAUUACUUUUCCAGCUAGAGGCAUCAUCAAGUCAACAAAAGAUACAGUCAGAUCACUUUAAAUUAUUUUUACCCAUCCCUUAUACUUCCAUUCAUUCUACCAUUCCUUAUUCUUCCUACUCUUCAAACUUAUUCAGAUUCUACAUUGUUCCAUUAUGAAAAUAAAAAUUCACUUCCAUUCCUGAUUUUUCGCUUUAUGAUAUGUAACUCGAAUUGACUUGAUUGAUUUAUUCCAUCAAUUCAUAAUUCAACUGCAUUUCAAUAUACAAUCGCAAACAUAUCAAGAUGACGCUCUGGUAAGUAACGUUCUACUUCAAAAGAUCGAAUGACAACCUUUUUUUUUUCUCUAUAUUUCUACUAGAUAAAAUUUUAUAUUUGAUAUUGAAUUCAAUCACAAACUUUAUCUGAAGUUUCAUUUUUUCAUACAAAGGAGACACCAAUGUACGAAAAUCAUAUUUAGAUGUUGAAGGCUUUGAUAGGUGAAAAAAAAAAAAAAAGAAUUUUUCUAAUAAAAUUGUGAUAAACAAGAUAUAAUGAAAAAUUGAUAUUAUGAGAUAGAUUGAUUACUUCAGAUUUGAUGUUUGUAAAUGAAUUUAUUAGAGAGUUAAUUUAAAUAUUUCCUAGAGAUUGAUUAAAUUGUAAGAAGCUUAAUUACAAAUAACUGAUGAAAGGUUCAACUUUUUUUCUACUUAAUUUUUACUUUAACAUUAUCUAGAAGAAAACUAUGAUUUUACUCUGUCUACUUUAAGAGCCAAUAACAUGGUGAUAAAUUGAGUUAUAGACUUGAUUUAAAGCUUAAAUUCCUUGGAAAAACAUUCACUAAAAGUUUUUAUAUAUACUUGUAAAAGAAGAUGGAUUAAAACGAAAUUUCUCAUAAUGAAAUAAUAAAUUUUAAAAUAUAAAAAAUAAUUAGAAAUUUUUUUUAUUUAUUUUAAUUAAAUAUAAUACCUUAAUGUGUUAAUAAUUAACUUAUUUGUCUCAUUUUCGCAAAUAGAGACACUAUUCAUUCAAACCAUCUAAUUUUGUCAACUCUAUGUUAAAUUCAAACGAAUUUUUGAAGAGAACGUAUGUCAAUCCAGACGUCAAACAAAAAAAAAUUCUUUAACGAAAAAAAUAAAGAGAAAAUGUGAAUGAAUGUAAUGCUUUA